UCCUCUUUGGUGCCUUCAGCCAGGAGGCGGGAGUGACCCGCAACAGCUGACCCGGCAGAGGCACUGCCUCUCCCACAGCCCUCAGGACACACCAUGGGCCCAGAGGCGGGUUUGCAGCACAGCAGCGUCGACGCAGGCGGCGGCCCCGGUGACUCUCAACUGCCUCCCUGACCGCCGCGACCACCGCCCAACACCCCGAAGAGCCGUCGCCAGCAACGGCAGGAGAAUCUAAGGACCCCAAAACCACCUUCGCGAUCGACUCAAGCUACGUCAACAACCAUGGCGGGGGACGGGCGGCGGGCGGAGCCGGGGAGGGAAGGAUGGAGGGAAGGAUGGGGGAUGUACGUCACACCCCGAGCCCCCCUACGGGAAGGAAAGGGCCGGCUCGCCCCUCAAAAUGGCGGCGGCAGUGACGCGCCUGCGUACGGAACUCCUUCGCCGUCGCGCCACGGCCGGCGGGAAGUGAGGUUCUCAGAAGAGCCACCAGAAGUGUACGGCGACUUCAAGCCCCGAGUGGACAAAGAAAAGUCCCCGGCGAGAAGACGAGUCCCGCUAGAAGAGUUCCGGCCUGAUUCUGCGAAAGAGGAAGUGAGGGAAAGCGCCUACUACCUUCGGUCUCGGCAGCGGAGGCAGCCGCGACUCCAGAGAGCCGAGGAGAUGAACACACGAAGGACUACCCGCCUGCAGCAGCAGCAGCAGCAGCAGCAGUCACACCAGCCCCUGCUCCAGCCGUCUCCGGUUACGACCAGGAGAGGGUUACGGGACUCUCAUUCCUCUGAAGAGGAUGAACCAGCUUCACAAACUGUUUUAAGCCAAACAGUCCCAAAGAAAACUAUCCAGAGAACACAAGAAACUCCAGUGGUGAGUGAAGAUCCUGUAAUCAGCCUGUGUAGACCCCCUUUAAGAAGCCUAAGAUCUGAUUCGGCAUACAAAACAAAUGGAAAUACUAAAAUGAGUGAAUUAGAAGCCACCGGUGUCCAACAGAAGGUCAAUUUUUCUGAAGGAGGAGAAACUGAACAGGAUGAUCAAGACAGCUCUGACAGUGAUAUCACUACUCUUAAGGUCAUAUCCGGGGAUUCUCUUGAUUCUGGAGGUAACAUUGCUUUAUAUACGUAUGACUACAUGUAAUCUUGGGAAAAUGAUCAGUUUCAGUACUUCAUAACUCUUGAGAAGCAACCUUCUGUGCUAAGCUCGGGAUAUCAAAAAAAACCUCAGGAAUGGUUUGAACAAACCACAAGAACAAGGGCUAGGAUGCAAAAUGACAGCAGUCAGAAAUCAGAGCUUGGAAACUGGUCUCCAUCAACCUCCAGCCAACAAGUGACUGGACAACCCAAAAGUGCAUCUUUUAUCAAGAUGUGGUGGUGGCUAUCUAUUCUCAUAGUUUCAUUGGCUGUUGGGAGUUUUUUGUUCCCUCGUAAUCCUGAGGUAGAAACCACUGCUGUUCAAGAGUUCCAGAACCAGAUGAGACAACUAAUGACUAAGUAUCAAGGUCAAGAUGAGAAGCUGUGGAAAAGGAGCCUUACAUUCCUGGAAAAACAUCUUAAUAGCUCCCAACCUCGGCCUCAGCCUGCUAUCUUGCUGCUCGCCGCUGCUCGGGAUGCUGAAGAAGUGCUCAGGUGUCUGAGUGAACAAAUUGCUGACGCCUACUCUUCUUUCCGGAGCGUCCGUGCCAUCCGGAUUGAUGGGGCGGGCAAAGCUACUCAAGACAGCGAUAUUGUCAAACAAGAGGUAGAUUGGGAACUGAGCAAUGGAUUCAAGAAUGGCCAGAAUGCUGCUGUGGUACACCGCUUUGAGUCCCUGCCUGCAGGCUCUACUUUGAUCUUCUAUAAAUAUUGUGACCAUGAAAAUGCAGCCUUCAAAGACGUAGCCUUAGUCCUGACUGUCUUGUUGGAGGAAGAGACACUGGGAACCAGUCUAGGCCUAAAGGAAAUUGAAGAAAAAGUGAGAGAUUUCCUCAAAGUCAAGUUCAUCAACUCUGACACACCCAACUCCAGCAAACAUAUGGACCCAGACAAAUUGAGUGGGCUCUGGAGCCGUAUUUCUCACUUGGUCCUGCCUGUCCAACCUGAAAAUGCCCUGAAAAGUGGCAUCUGCUUAUAAAGGGUGACAGACGACAAAAUCAUGUCUCAAGUUCUGAGAAUUUUUCAGACUUUCUAGCCAGAGAUGGGAUUCAGAGCUCUUUUUGAAAGAACUGGUUUCUUUUUAAAGGAAAUUAAGUUCUUAUCUAAACAUAGAACAUCUAAAUCAUUUAUUCAACCUAAGUAUCUGUUACUUGAGAGAAUCCUUUCCCUGUUUCCAUUGAGAUCUGUGUUAAUGAUCUCUGAGGAGUAUAAAUUAUAUGCAGUCCCAUAGAGGAUCUGUUUAGGUUCGGGGUUGAAACAUUAUUGCUAUGGUAUGACCAGACCAGGUUGGGGGGGAUUGGGCUCCUUCCUAUGAAUCCUCUCAAUUUUUUAAGUUAGAUUUUUCACAGAGUUUGCUAUUAGUAAGGCAGCUCUCUAAAUGCAACUGUGGGUUUUCCCAUUUUGUUCUCUUUUACAUCAUUUAGGUGCGAGUUCCUUAGUCAGCUUCCCCUCAUAGGAAUAAGAGUAAUGAAAGGUCACCUGAGUGUGUGUUUGGAUUUUUUUUUUCCUUUGUUUUUGGAGGGCGGGAGAAGGGGGCUAGGGAAAAGAGAAAUUGUGGAAUAAGGAAGGAAAGGGAGAAAAAAAGUCUUCAAGAUGAAAUUUAAAAUAAGCCACUGAGACUUAGGUCACUCAGGCAUAGCCAUAUGAACUCCAUUCUCAGUGAAUUCUGUUGGGGUUUGUUUUUCACAUGUCCUUUUUUUCCUUUAAGAAAUUUUUGGUCCUCCCAAGGAUUUUGAAGCAUGUAUAUUACAAGGUUUAGCAUAUUUGUUCAUUUGACUCUGAAGGGUGUGGUCAAUUCAGAGCAUUUUAUUUUGGACAUAUCCUGAAGCCUUUGUUUUGAAUUCAGAAAAUAUAGUUGCAGGAAUUGGUAAACCAUCAGUCAGCCAGGACUGUCUGUCCUGGACUGUCGAAGAAGGAUUUGGUUUUCUGCGUGCAGUCUUAAGUCCUUUAAUGACACUCUUAUGACAAAUGUAAAGAUUUACUAUGCACGUGAUAAAUUUUAUUAAGAGUGCCUCAAGCCAAAAGGAAAUGAACUUGACCAUAUGUGAAGAAUGUUGAAAUGUACUAUUGUGCAUUCCUGUACUACUGUUGCAUUUCAGGUGUCACUUUGCUUCCGUAACUGAGCUUUCUCAAAAUCUGUCGCCUGCGUUGUUUUCCUUAAAAUCUUAAGAUUCCGGAUCUACCAUGUUUUGUUUUUAAAUGAAAAUACUGUUUUUAGAAUAAGAGAGGCAGUCAUUGGCUUUACAAUUUACCUUUUGAGGAUCCCAUGCCUGGUAGUGGAGUGUGGUCUGGUUUUUUCCAACUAGAACAACCACUGUUCAUAAAUUUAUACCCUUUAUUGAAAUUUGCUCCUGACUGUCACAAGUCAGGCCAUCUGAUUUAUAGAGGAUUCUAAAACAAGAGUUUUUGAAAAGGCUUAUUUUAUACACAUAUAUUAUAUGGAGAAACAAAUGUUUUUAUUAAAUGUUUCGCUGACCAAAAUAAUUUUAAAGAAAUUAAUGUUACUUAUACCUUUCAGGAAAAAAUAAUUGUAGCAGCUGAUCUGUAAAUGACUUUAGAAGCUAUUUUAGUAAUUUAAAUAAAUUUACUUUCUUGAUUUGUA